UGCGUCUUGAGUAAGAAUUUCCCGCCAGGUGCUACAGGAAAGUAAAGAGCAGCUAAGCUAACUGUUUAACUUCUAUUAUUACUGUAGUUUGCCAGCUCACAUGUUCCAACUAGCUAUUGUUGAAUGUUAAUACUUUUACCGACGCUCGUAUUUAUUUUGUGAGCUGCUGAAAUACAGAAGCCGUGUGCUAACUGUUAAUUUAGCUAACUUUCAAAGGUUAGCGAAGCCUUCAAGCCACAAUAGUGAACAUGAAGUCUGCAGAGGAUCAGGUUGUUGAAGAUGACACCGGCUUCCAGGAUGACGAGGUGUCGUUCUUCCAAGACCUUGACAUCCUACAGAAACACGGGAUUAAUAUGGCAGACAUUAAAAAGCUGAAGUCAGUGGGUAUCUGCACUGUGAAGGGGAUCCAGAUGACGACGCGCAAGGCUCUGUGCAACAUCAAGGGCCUGUCAGAGGCCAAAGUGGAAAAAAUCAAGGAAGCUGCAGGGAAAAUGCUGAGUGUUGGUUUCCAGACGGCCUUUGAGUACAGUGCCAAGAGGAAGCAGGUGUUCCACAUCACGACUGGGAGCCAGGAGUUUGAUAAGCUUCUGGGUGGAGGUGUAGAGAGCAUGGCGCUCACAGAGGCUUUUGGAGAGUUCCGCACAGGGAAAACCCAGCUGUCUCACACACUUUGUGUCACUGCUCAGCUGCCAGGCGAGGAUUCCUACUCAGGCGGGAAAGUCAUCUUCAUCGACACAGAGCACACUUUUCGUCCAGACAGACUGAAAGACAUCGCCGACAGGUUUAGCGUGGACCACGAUGCUGUGCUGGACAACGUGCUUUAUGCUCGAGCCUACACCAGUGAACACCAGAUGGAGUUGUUGGACUUUGUUGCAGCCAAAUUCCACGAGGAGGGAGGAGUGUUUAAACUGUUGAUCAUCGACUCCAUUAUGGCUCUGUUCAGAGUAGAUUUCUCUGGUCGAGGAGAACUGGCUGAGCGGCAGCAGAAAUUAGCGCAGAUGCUCUCCAGGCUGCAGAAGAUAUCUGAAGAGUACAAUGUAGCCGUGUUCAUCACCAACCAAAUGACAGCCGAUCCUGGAGCAGGAAUGACGUUUCAAGCUGAUCCCAAGAAGCCAAUCGGUGGACACAUCCUGGCCCACGCCUCCACCACGCGGAUUAGCUUGAGAAAGGGACGCGGAGAGAUGAGGAUUGCCAAAAUAUUUGACAGUCCUGACAUGCCUGAGAACGAGGCCACGUUCGCCAUCACCGCUGGAGGAGUCACUGAUGCCAAAGAGUGACAGGAGGAGACGCGGGUCUCAGCCCAGUUCCAGUUCCAACCAUUUUAAUGUCAUGUUUUUGUAAUGAAUUUAUUUAUUGAGUUCUAAAACAAACUUUCACUGUAAACAACUUUGCAUGUUAUUUAUUCUAUUAAUAGUGUUUGCGUUUCAGAGGUGUUGACAUAAAGGAACAAAUGAAACCCA